AUGUUUAAAAGAGUUAUGCUAGGAAAUGUAUGCAGAAUACCGAGGCGCUCCUUUUUCGGUGUUUCAAAACCUCAAAGUUAUGAGAUCUCCAAAAUAUUGAAUGGUACCGCAAAGCAAGUUUAUGACAUUGUUAGUCAGGUGGACCAGUACAAGACAUUUGUCCCCUUUGUUGAAGAUUCAUUUAUAUCACAGAGAACCAAAGACGACUUGCCUAUGAGGGCAGGGUUACUUGUGGGUUGGAAGGAUAUUGUUGAAAAAUUUGAAUGUGAUUUGAUCUGUGUAGAAAACAAAGAAGUGACGGCAAAAAGUCUUCAAUUAGAUUUAUUUGAUAAUUUGGAAACAAUAUGGAAAUUCCAAGAUCAUGGGGGAAAUAAAUGUAAAGUUGACUUCAAAUUGGCAUUCAAGUUUAAGAGUCCUAUCUAUGAUAAGUUGAGCUCGUUAUUUGCUCCACAAGUUUCUGAGAUUAUGAUUGGUGCGUUUGAAAAAAGAUUGAAGCAGAUCAAACUUAAUGAAUCUAUGAAAAAAUAUCAAAAAGCAAAAUUGUAG